AUGGCUCCCGUCGCCCGCUUCCUCCAUCCUCGCAGAGAAAAGCGGCCGCGACUCGCGGCGCAAAACUUCCCCAUCUCCCCACAACAGAAAAGCCAAAACAAAUCUCACACCCGCGCCGCCGUUCGCCUGCCCCUGCCGCCCUACCCGCGCCGCCAUUCACGCCUCCCUGGACUGGCGCGUCUCCCCUUCACGCGUGGCCUGCAGCGUUGGGCCAAUUGCCGAACCGCAGCGAACGGCCGCAGAGAGGAACGGGAGGAGGAGAGGGAGAGAGGCGUGGCUCGCCGCCCGGCGGAGGCGCACGAGACCUCCGCACUGGCGGCAGGAGGAGAGGGUGAGAGGCGCGGCAAACGGGUACGGCUCGCCGGGCGGCUGGGGCGUGAGAUCGGCGGCGAACGUGAGCCCUCAAGUUCUGCAGCUUGCCGUGAACGUGCCGCGCAUGCUGCGUCAAGUCGGUGGCGGCGCGGCGGCGUGUUCCUCCCACUCGACACGAACGGUAGAUGCCCAGCACCACCGCGAUGGUUGAAGGCGUGUUCCAUCCCAUUGUCGUUGUCGCAAUCGGCCGGCAGCAAGCCACCGAAUGAUCCAUCAGCGAAGAAGCUAAGUCUCAGCUGCAGAAGGAUGCACAUCCUCACAAGGAGAGGUCCUCGAGUUCCAAAGACAAGGGUAGAGGACGCGAUGAUGACAAGGAUAGAGGUCGCUACACGCGCCGUGGGGAAGACAGGGUGUGGCACCGGGACAGGGAGAGUGUCUGUGUAACCAUGACUGCGGUGAUCGGGAUAGGGCCAGUGAUCGCCACCAUCGUGAGCACCAUGAGAGAAGUGAAAUAAGGGAGCACUGUGACCGUUUCGAUGAUCGUGACCAUCGCCGGAGUUGUGAUCUUGAUAUUGAAAGGCACCGCUUCUUGAUUUCUGUGAUGCCACUAUAGGACAAUAAUAGUGUAGGCUGAUGAAUCAAAAUUUUGAAGCAUCUUUGUAUUUCCUACUCUCCUGUUUCAAUUGUCAGCCAAUUAGGCUGCAACUUGUAUUACCCUCCAAGUUCCUCGCACC